AUGAACAAAAUCGAUGUCUGGGGAUCAUUGGAGGCCGAGGGAAAAAUAUUCAUAAUGAUGAAGCCUCAACACGACGCUUCCCCCUCAACCGCCCUCAAAAUCAAUGACUGGGGAUCAUUGGAGGCCGAGGGAAAAAUAUUAAUAAUGAUGAAGCCUCAACACACCACUUCCAACAAAAUCGAUGACUGGGGAUCAUUGGAGGCCGAGGGAAAAAUAUUCAUAAUGAUGAAGCCUCAACACGACGCUACCUCCUCACGCAUGAACAAAAUCGAUGACUGGGGAUCUUUGGAGGCCGAGGGAAAAAUAUUAAUAAUGAUGAAGCCUCAACACGACGCUACCUUCUCAAUCGCAUGA